AUGGAGCGAACAAACAGCAUGAGGAGAAAGGCCAUGGCUAGACAACAUAAGGCCGAAGUCAUGAUUGCAGGAGAGCAGCUCAGGUUGAGACUUCACGACGGCAAACUGAUUAAGGACCGACGCUACCAUCUGCGCACGUAUCCCAACUGCUUCGUGGCUCAGGAGCUUAUAGACUGGCUCGUGAGCCAUAAGGAAGCUUCAGACCGAGCAACAGCUGUCUGUCUCAUGCAGCACCUCAUGGACCAUGACAUUGUUCACCACGUCUGUGACAAAAGGCCAAUGUUCAAGGAUGCCAAACUGCUGUACCGUUUCCGCAAGGAUGAUGGCACAUUUCCCUUCAAUACGGAGGUGAAAGUCUUCAUGCGAGGACAGCGGCUGUAUGAACAUCUCAUAAUGGAUAAGGACUCCAUUCUGCAGCUGAGAGAGGAGCACGGUGUUACAUAUCAGCGCUCCUUCCCUGGCUGCCAGUUUAUCGACUGGCUCCUUCAGAAUGGAGAGGCAGAGAGCCGGCGUCGGGGCCUGGAGCUGUGCCGUGCAUUGCAGGAGAAUGGCAUCAUUCAGCACGUGGGAAGGAAGCAUGAUUUCUUUGACAGUGGGUUACUCUAUCAGUUCUGCAUCAAUUUUCGCCGGCGCAGGCGCCUUUCUGAACUGUUAAAUGAAAAUGAGCGAGACAGCGCUGAAGGUGUCGUGGUGCUGACACCAGAGGACAACCAUCACGACAGUCCGUUUGUUGUACGUAAAAACCCACCCCAGGAGCAAAACAGUGCUUUCCAAUCUGACGUAAAACAGGUUACCGGUGGACGUCGAGGCAGCCUGAAUUCCCUUCAGCUUCACGCUUCUGGAUUUCCACCUCUUGCUCCACUGCCUUCAGCCUCAGUGGUGAGAUGCAAUCCUAAAUCAGUCCUUAAAAGAAAUUUUACAUGUGACGAGCUACUGGCACCUGGUGCACCCUUCAUUAAGAAAGUGUUAACAGUGAUAGGAGACGCUCUGGGCUGGGGGUUCGUCGUCAGAGGUGUGGCUCCCUGUUAUGUUCAGGCUGUUGACCCUGGAAGCCCUGCAGCAGCUGCUGGAGUUAAGGUGCAGCAGUUUGUGUGCCAGGUGAAUGGCCAGUGUGUCCUUGAUCUGAACUACAGGACCGUCACCAGACUGGUGAUGACUGGACCUCGCAUUGUUGUACUGGAAGUUUUGGAGCCACUGGAAUGAACACUGCUGCCUUAUUAAAGUCUAAUGCUUGUUUUGGAUACAAGUACAGUUGGUAAAACUGGAGCGUAAGCAUUGUUAAAAUGGGACACGUUCUGAAAAUUUGCAUUCUGGAACAAUUUAUUAAAUCAUUUUAGUGCCUCAAAUGCUUCCAAAUUGACACAACUCUUUAAAUAUUAACCUCCUUUCUACAAAAUUCAGAAGGAAAAACAAAGAACAAUCAAACACAGAACUAAUGACUCCACCUCAA